CUGAUAUUUUGGUAUUCACAAAGAAAAAACAAUGGGACAAAAAGUCUCGCACGAAAAAGCGAACGUGAUCGUGAGCCUGCGAGAAGGCAUGAGCCGGCCGGACACCUUGAAGGUGUCUUACAAGGGCGGCGGCUGCCUCAGGAGGCGGCGGCCGAUCGCCUUCCUUACCUUCCCCAGCACCGGCUGGCGGUGCGCCGAGGGGAUAGAGGCGUGCGAGGCGGAGGGGGGAUUGAGCGUGCCGUUGGCCGCGCUCAAACAUAAGGACGGAAGCAAGAUCAUUCAGCUGCGCUGCGGGUCUGGCAGGAGGACCCUGCUGAAGGCAGCGAUGCCGCUGGGGAAGUUCCUCAACAACCUCGACUACCUGCACUUCUCGUUACACUGUGACGGCAGGGGCUCCAGCGGCGCCUACACCGGCAUGCGGUGCAACGGGCACCCCUGCGUUGAGGCGGCGCCGCCCCCGAUGUGGCACCGGCCAAAUGGCGGGAAGGAAGCCAGUGACCCCACCAAGGCCUCAGUUACCCCAGCAGGUGGUGCCGGAGGCAUCACCAAAGCUGCAAACACCAGGGCAGGUGAUGCCACACACAUCACCAAAGCUGCAAACACCAGGGCAGGUGAUGUCACACACAUCACCAAGGCUGCAAACACCAGGGCAGGUGAUGUCACACACAUCACCAAGGCUGCAAACACCAGGGCAGGUGAUGUCACACACAUCACCAAGGCUGCAAACACCAGGGCAGGUGAUGCCACACACAUCACCAAGGCUGCAAACACCAGGGCAGGUGAUGCCACACACAUCACCAAAGCUGCAAACACCAAGGCAGGUGAUGUCACACACAUCACCAAAGCUGCAAACACCAAGGCAGGUGAUGUCACACACAUCACCAAAGCUGCAAACACCAGGGCAGGUGAUGUCACACACAUCACCAAGGCUGCAAACACCAGGGCAGGUGAUGUCACACACAUCACCAAGGCUGCAAACACCAGGGCAGGUGAUGUCACACACAUCACCAAGGCUGCAAACACCAGGGCAGGUGAUGUCACACACAUCACCAAGGCUGCAAACACCCCGGGCUCCCCUCCCCACACUCUCCGCCGUCGGAAGACCAAGAAACCCAAUCUGCGCGCCCACGGCAGGGCCACGGCGACGCCCAAGAGACACGGUGCGCCGUACACAUGGACGGACGCGUUCCUGGACGUCACGGCGAUCUGUGCCGUCGUCAUGUCCGGCGUCCUGGCGUACUACACGCGUUGGUGAGGUGCCGCCACGCCCUCCCGCCCGGAGGCCUUGAUGGGCGCGGGCUAUUGUCUAUUAUAUCUUUCUCCAUCUC